AUGGACCAUUUACAUGAAACAGCAAGAUAUCCAAUAACCUCGCAACCUUCUCUUAUUACUUACCAUGAAAUUCAAGAAAAUCGAUCACCUUCUGUAGCUAUGGACAUCAUCAGAAACCCGAAUGCUUAUUUAAGAAGUAGGAAAGCAAUGGCAAGCUUUACAACAUGUCAAAGAUUCAAGAAAACAGGCCGAAUCUGGAAUAGAAUUAUUACAAACAUCCAAAGGUUAGAUUUGGCAAGUCCAGCUUUAAAAGAACGGACGAAGACAUCAAUUCAACAAAAAUGGGAUGCACUUCUUCAAAAAUUUCGUGACAUUAAGGAUAAAAUUGAAAGCACUUGUGAAGAAGCUAUUCAGAAUGACUGGGAAUUUUUUAAUGAUAUGGAUAACUUUUUAAGAAAAGAUCCAAGUAUAGUUGCACUAAUUACAAGUGACUCACUUUAUAGAAUUAAGCGUAAAGUAUAA